AUGGCAGUAACUAAAAACAAGAAAAAUGCCAAGAAUUAAUAUGGAAAUAAUAGGUAAUCAAAGAAGAAAAUGGAGGAACAGUUAAAGAAAGAUGCCGAAGAGAGCAAGGCUAACUCUUACUUUUCAUGCAAUUGCUAAGUUUGUAAGCAACAAGUAACAAAAGGACAUCGAUUUGAAAUAAAAAAACUAAUGGAUAUGAAAUUAUUAGAGGGAAAAAAAACAAUGAAAUUCUCAAAACUUAUUCAGUGCAUGCUUCCACCAAAUGAGAAAAUUAAAGGUUGCCAAGUGCUAUUCCCAGAUACAGUAUUUUUCGGUCAUGGAAAACCUUAAUUCAUUGCCAAAUGCGACAAGGAGGGUUGCUUGAUGGUUAUCUAAUAAUAAUCUAAGCUAGCUCUACAAGAUAUAAGAUAAAAAUUCUCUACAAUAGUAAGAGAAAGAAAGAAGGAAACUCAGCCAAUAAUUUUUCAGAACAAUAAUUCAUUAACAAGAAAUGAUCACAAUUAAGAAACGAAUUAGAAUACUGUGAGUUUUAAGUUGCCUUAAACAUCUCCUAAAAGUAAAACAUCUAUGGCUUAGAAUACCACUAUAGACGAAGAAAAUCAAAAACUGAGUAAUGAUGAAAAAUCUAUAUUCUAUAAGGAUACAGCUGUUUUUAGAUUUAUUGUUGAUGAACCUUAAAAUUAGCAGAAAUUGAGUACUAAUAACUUUGAACCACUAUAGGAUGAAAAGGAACUGAAUUUCACAAUGAGCAAUGCCAAUCUUAAAGAAGAUGAGGAGGAUGAUUAGUUUUCAAUGCCUGCUGUUAAAGUUGUUAAGGACACUGAGUUCAUUAAUGAAUUCAGAAGAAGAGCCAAUGAUGAAUUUUGGAGAACUGUAGAUUGCAUCCAAACAAGUAUCAAAGCCAAAACAGGAAUAGGUAUCCCAAUAUUUGUUAAUUUUCUCGCACCAAUCAAUGAAUAAGAUCCUAGCAAAGAAAUAGACUACUCUCAUUUCAAAGUAAUGUAAGAAGACUUUGAAUUAUUAAAGAAUGAGGAAGAUGAGUAAUUCUGCUAUAAGUAAUGCCUCAAAAUAGCUUACUAUGUCAGUAAAGUUUAUAAUAAAGAAAUACUUCAAAUGAAAGCAGAGUUUCUCAAGGAUGAAAAUGGAAAUAUUUGGUUUUUCUAUGCAUCAAAUAUUAGAACUAGGAAAACUAGUACUAGAGCACUACCUGCAUAUAAUAUGAAGAAUUCAGCUUCUCAAAAAGCUAAUGUUUAGAAAGAGUAGUUGAUAGCAGAAAUAGAUUAAUAUGAGCAGGAGUAGAAUGUAAAUCAAAAUAAAUCCAUAGGUAGAAUGUUAAAUAUAAUGGAUUCAUACUACUCAAAUAUGAAGGUUGAUAUGGGUAUAUUAGAGAAGAAAAACUACGAGGAAGAGGACUCUAAGUUAGAUGAAGUAUUAAGAACUCUUAGACCUAAUACAACUGCUAAUAAUUUUAAAGAAUUUUUAUCAAGACAGGAUAAUAUUAAUAAAAGCACCUAUUGGAAGAAUGUUGCAAGAAAAUUAGAUGAUAAUUAAUAAUCUCAAUAGCAGAUAUACAUGAAUAAAAGGAAUAUUACAUAGGAUUCAAAGAAGAAUUAAUAGAUUUAGAGCCUAAUGAAUGCAUUGGAUGUUAGCUCAUUGGGCUAGAAAGUACUAACUUCUCAAAUCAAUACGAUUCAUAAUAGAAAAGUAUUAAUCUACUUGGUCAGACUCAAAGAUCAUUAUUUUAAUACAGUGGUCCCUAUGGAAGUUAAUAAUAAUCAAACCACCAAGGAUAACGAGAACAAAGAUCUCAUUUCAAAGCAGAGUUAGUGA